CGGGCUGUGUUUCUUCAUCCGGAAGUGGCCGACGGCCGUUGAGGUCUGAGUCGCCUUCCUCGCUCCGAGAGGUAGCUGGGGCUUCUGCUGCCGACAUGGCCAGCUCUGACCCCCGCUAUCCGUGCUCCUCGAUAGAGGACGACUUCAACUAUGGCAGCUGCGUGGCCUCUGCCAGCGUACACAUCCGAAUGGCCUUUCUAAGAAAAGUCUACACCAUCCUUUCUCUGCAAGUCCUCUUAACUACCAUGACAUCUAUGUUAUUUUUAUACUUUGAGUCUAUACGGACAUUUGUACAUGAGAGUCCUGCCUUAAUGUUGGUGUUUGCCAUUGGAUCUUUGGGUUUGAUUUUUGCAUUGACUUUAAACAGAUAUAAACAUCCCCUUAACCUGUACCUGCUUUUUGGAUUUACACUGUUGGAAGCUCUGACUGUGGCCUUUGCUGUUACUUUGUAUGAUGUGUAUAUUAUUCUGCAAGCUUUUGUACUGACUACUGCAGUAUUUCUUGGUUUGACUAUGUAUACUCUACAAUCUAAGAAAGAUUUCAGCAAAUUUGGAGCAGGACUGUUUGCUGUUUUGUGGAUUCUUUGUUUGUCAGGAAUCUUGAAGUUAUUUUUUUACAGUGAGACAAUGGAAUUGGUGGUGGCUGCUGUAGGAGCCCUUCUUUUCUGCGGGUUCAUCAUCUAUGACACACACUCACUGAUGCAUAGGCUGUCACCUGAAGAGUAUAUAUUAGCUUCCAUCAGCCUCUACUUGGAUAUCAUCAAUCUAUUCCUGCACCUCUUGCGGUUUUUGGAAGCAGUUAAUAAAAAGUGACUGAAAAUAGGAUACAGAAACUGACUCAUUAAUAAUACUUUAUUACUGACUCAGUGAUAAAGUUAGAGACAUAAUUGACUAUUCAAUACUUUUAUUAAUUUAUUGUAUGCUCUGUACUUCAGAGGUAUUACUAUAAUACAGCAGGUCCUUGGAUAAUGUCAUUUCAUUCAACGUCAUUUCAUUAUAAUG